AUGACAGGUGGAGAAGAAUUUAAUGCUGCUGCAAACAUAAUGAUACCAGUAGAAAAUCCUGAAAGUUCUCAAAAUAUAGCCGACAUCCAAAAUGAUGAGAAGAUGGCUCACAUGGCGCAAGAGUUUGAGAUUUUGAGAGAGGAACUACGACGAGUGCGAGACUUGGCCAAGCUUUCGGCUACUACCUUCCCAAGUUUCAAGAUGCCCAGCUACCUCCCUAGAGCUGACCUGCCUCCUACAGAUUCUCCAAACAUGCCUAAACGUGCUCCCGUUCAUGGUCAAGCACCAUUAGCUCAUCCGUCUGCAAUCAGGACUGCUCCUGACCUUCCCACUCAAGACCCCGUCACACCUACCUACCCAGUGACAAACCAGAUAUUUGGAGCACACACCGUCGCUCCUUAUGAUUCACAGAUCCCACCUGUAUAUGCUGUUGAGGCCCCUACUUUCACGACACCGGUUAGGGUCAAGGUCUCGCAUGAGGUGGACCAAUAUGCAGAGAUGGAGAAGGAUGCCCGAUUGAAAGAAGAUGAGUCAAUAGACGCUCAACUUCGAGGUCUAAGAAAGGCGUUGAAAAACCUACAAGUCUCUAGGGGAACAGAGAGCCUAGAUUAUGAUGACUUAUGUAUCCACCCAGAUAUUGACAUGCCGGUAGGAUACAAGCCCCCAAAGUUUGACAUAUUUGAUGGAAAGAGCGAUCCUCACGCACAUCUGAGGGCAUACUGUGACAAGUUAGUCGGUGUAGGGAGAAAUGAGAAACUAAGAAUGAAGUUGUUCAUUCGAAGUCUAUCUGGAGAAGCGUUGACCUGGUAUACACGCCAGGAUCCUCGCAAAUGGUAUAACUGGCAGGAAAUGGCUGAGGAUUUCAUGAAUCGUUUCAGAUUUAAUACUGAAAUCACUGCGGACAGGUUCUCAUUAGCCAACAUACAAAAGAAACCAUCGGAGGACUUCCAGGAGUAUGCACGACGUUGGAGAACCGAGGCUGCAAGGGUUCAACCACCGCUCGAUGAGAGUGAGCUCUCAAAAUACUUUAUUCGAGCACAAGAAGGUAUCUACUUUGACAAGAUGAUGUCAAUGAUGGGCCAAAAGUUUGCAGAAUUGGUCAAGAUGGGAGAUUUUAUAGAGGAAGGCAUCAAAUCAGGUAAAAUUCAGUCCAUGGCUGCAUUGCAAGCUGCAAGUAAGGCCAUACAAUCAGGAUCCAUUGGUGGCAUCAAGAAGAAAAGGGAGGAUGUUUCAGUCGUCAAUUACCAACAUGGAGGACAAUCCCACCAAUACCCAAACAAUCCCCAAAUUGUUGCACAUACUCCAUACACCUCGUAUCCAGUGUAUAAUACCCGACCACACUAUAAUCCACCUCGAGCACCAACAUACCAAAGUCCAACAAGACCACAUGUCCCACUCCAAGCACCAACCCACCAAAACAGACCAGCAUAUGUGCCAAGACCACGUCCAAAUCUCGAAGCCAGAAAUACUCGCACCUAUACACCCAUUGCUGAACCUUAUGCUCAAUUGUUUGAAAGGUUAAGGAUAGCAGGAGUACUACAGCCAGUUGAGGGAAAACUCCCCGACCCAAUCCCUUACAAUUUUGAUGGAAACAAGCGAUGCGCUUACCACUCGGGAAUCCAAGGGCAUGACACAGAAGAUUGUUAUGGCUUGAAAAACCAGGUUGAGACGUUGAUCAGAAGAGGAAUAAUAAAAUGCACUCCAACACCUCCGAAUGUGAACAACAACCCUUUGCCAAAUCAUGAGAAUCGAGAAGUCAACAUGAUUUCUCUAGAAGAAGAGUACAACUUGGGAGAAACCAUCACGCCUGUCUGGAACGCCGAAGAAGCUGCCACUGCAUCUCCAGUGCAACCUAUUAUCACUGUUCAGCUAAAGGAACCUCUUACUGUCCAAACAUAUCUCCCGAGAGUUGUAGUAACCACUACAGUUGCUAGAAAGGCUGAGUUUGACACCAAAGAAGUCCCAUGGGAUUAUAAAACAAAAGCCAAGGGCAAGAUGAUUGACACCGCUGUGGCUCAGGGGAUGACUAGAUCAGGAAGGUGCUAUACUCCCGAGAAUCUGGAUCAAGGAGUUAUUGGGAAGGAGCCGAAUCCCAAGAAGAAUGUUACGGAUGCUGAAGUCACAGAAUUUUGGAGAAAGAUGCAGCCGAAAGACUAUUCAGUCGAAGAGCAACUGAAGAAGACCUCGGUGUUAAAUGGGGUUUGCAUUCCAAAAGAGACCGCAAGUGAAACCUUAGCUGCAACAAUUGGACAAGUAUUGGAAUCUAACAAAAUCUCUUUCCAUGAUAAUGAGCUACCAACGGAAGGGACUGGACACAACAAAGCACUUCAUAUCGCGGUCAAAUGUCGUGAUAAGAUUGUGACCCGAGUUCUGAUUGAUGGCGGUUCUGGAUGUAACAUCUGCCCUUUCACAACUAUGAGAGUUUUAGGCUUGAAUAUGGGAGAUAUAGAGGAAAGUCGUGUAAAGGUGAGAGCUUUUGAUGGAGCACAGAGAAGCGUCAUUGGAGAAAUCCAUCUCACAUUGCAAGUGGGACCAGCAGAAUUCCCUAUUUUAUUUCAAGUGAUGGAUGUGUCAUCGAACUACAACCUGCUGCUGGGAAGACCAUGGGUCCAUAUGGCAAAAGCAGUCCCUUCAACUCUUCAUCAAUGUGUAAAGUUUGAGUGGGGUCACACAGAAGUUACUGUUCAUGGGGAGCUCAAUCACCCCAUUUAUUCUGUCAAUUCUGUUCCAGUAACUGAGGAAUUAGAUGGAGCCACUUUUCACACUUUAGAAAUCAUGCAAGCUGUGAGGAUUGACGAGAAGUUAGAGUCGGUUGGUGUGAAAUUGUCAGGGGCAGCGAAGAUGGUCGCAGCAGAGAUGUUGAAAUACGGGUAUCAGCCUAAGACAGGACUUGGACCCAGGGCCAAUGGCAUAGUUGAACCCAUCCAGUUGAAGCAUCAGAAAGGUACCACUGGACUCGGAUAUGGAUCUACAUCGGGACGAGUCCACAACAGGGGAUCCAUCAAGACAACGUUCGUACCAGAGCAAGUUCCGAUUCUAGAUCACGCAUCUGACGAUGAUAUAGUGGAAGGAAUAGGAAAUUUGUUCGUGGCCAUGAUUGGAGAAGAGGAAGAGAUAGAUCUCCGCAAAUUGAGCAUCCGUGAUUCCAAGCCUGGAGAAAGCUUGCAGAAUUGGACCGUCAGUCCUUCCCUGUUUCGACAAAAGUCCUGGUAG